AUGCAGGCGAGAACUGCCUUGGAAGAAACAGAGAACGACAAGGGUGAGUUCAAGCGCAAGGACGCCACUUUCCGGAAGUGGAUCGGAAAGGACAAGGACUUUCCUGCGGAAGCUGGGCGCUAUCACCUGUAUAUCUCAUGGGCGUGCCCAUGGGCCAAUCGCUGUGCUGCAACAAUCUAUCUCAAAGCAAGUGCAAGGCACCUACAACUCUGCAUGCAGGGCCUUGAGGAUGUUGUUGGGCUGUCAGUAGUGCACCCCACAUGGCAGAAGACCAAACCAGACGACCCAAACGAUGAGCACACAGGCUGGACCUUUGCUGCUCCGGAUGACCCCCCUUUCACAUCGGUCACAGGAUUCGGAUCCUUCCCGCCGCAUGAAUGCAUCCCUGACACAGUGAACGGCGCAAAGUAUGUCCGGGACCUGUACGAAAUCAGCAAUGACACCUCAGGCAAGGAUCCAGAGAGCAAAUACUCUGUACCGGUGCUGUGGGACAAGAAGACCAAGACCAUUGUCAACAAUGAGAGCGCGGAGAUUGUGCGCAUGUUCAACAGCGAAUUCAAUGACUUUGCCAAGAACCAAGAUCUGGACCUGUACCCAGAGGCGCUGCAGAAGGAGAUUGACUCUAUCAACGAGUGGGUCUACCCGACCAUCAACAAUGGGGUGUACCGCUGCGGCUUUGCUAUCAAACAGGAGGCCUACAACGAGGCCUUUAAGGAGCUGUUUGACUCGCUGGACCGGUGUGAGGAAAUCUUGGGGAAGCAGCGCUACAUUGCAGGCAACCAGCUGACAGAAGCAGAUCUGCGUCUGUUUCAGACUCUCAUCCGCUUUGAUGAGGUCUAUGUGGUCUACUUCAAGACCAACAAAUACUUCAUAAGAGAGAAACCAAAUCUGACGAACUACGUGCGCGACUUGUACCAGAUUCCAGGCAUCGGCAAAGCAGUCCACAUGUACCACAUCAAAACGCACUACCUGACGAGCCACCCGCGCCUCAACUACUAUGCCAUCGUGCCCGCGGGUCAGACAGGACCUGACGGGUCUGACAAGGGGUGGUGGACAGAGCCGCAUGACAGGGAUCGCUUUGCAGACAAGGCCACCGCUUGA